AUGAAAAAGACACAAAGAAUUGAUCUUUUCUUUAUAAAAGAAAGAAUUCUGAAAUUCAACAUCAAAUUGAAGAUCGAGAAUGUCGAUCGGAGAACUCGCAACGAUGGAAUCCCCGUUACUGCAAAGAAGAUUGCUGCACUUGUGAAGUCGUACUGGCCUAGCCUCUUCGCCAAGCUCUGUGAGAAGAGGAAUAUUGAGGAUCUCAUCAUGAACGUCGGCGCCGGUGGUGGAGGUGGCGCUGUUGCCGUUGCUACUCCAGCUGCCGAGGAAAAGAAAGAAGAAGCUAAGGAAGAGAGUGACGAUGACAUGGGAUUCAGGUUGUUCGAUUAG